AUGGCUUUCGGGUUGUUUCGUUCUAAAACGCAGCUGUGUUGUCUGCUGUGCUCGGAGAGUCUCCUUCACCCCGUGGAGCUGUCCUGUAAGCACAGCUUCUGUAAGGAGUGUCUGAGGAAACACUGGGACAAAAAGAAAUCUCGCAAAUGUCCAAAGUGCAAGAGGAGAUCCUCCAAGGAGUUACCCGCUGCCUCCCAGCCCAAGCCAGAGCAGCUGUGUCACCUCCACAGGGAGAAACUCAAACUCUUCUGUCUGGAGGACGUGGAGCCCAUAUGUACGAUGUGUCGCUUUUCUAAAGUACACUCCGCUCACACGUUCAGACCCAUGGACGAAGCUGCACUGGACCUCAAGGAAGAGAUUGAACCUAAAGUAAAGCCCCUGAAGGACCGACUGAGUUUGUUUUUGAACACAAAACUCGCCUGCAAUCAGAUGGUGAACUACAUAAAGAUCCAAGCUCAGAACACAGAGAGACAGAUUAAAGAGGAGUUUGAGAAACUUCAUCAGUUUCUACGAGAUGAAGAGGCGGCCAGGAUAGCUGCACUGAGGGAGGAAGAGGAGGAGAAGAUUCAGAUGAUGAAGGGAAAGAUGGACGAAAUGAGAACAGAAAUAUCUUCUCUCGCAGAUGUAAUUAAAUCCAUUCAGGAGGAGUUAUAUGCUGACGACCUGUCUUUCCUGCUGAACUAUAAGGCCACAGUGCAAAGAACCCAGUACACACUGAGAGAUCCGGAGGUGGUAUCAGGAGUACUGAUCAAUGUGGCAGAACACCUGGGCAACCUGAAGUUCAGAGUCUGGGAGAAGAUGGAGGAGAUUGUUCAGUAUACUCCUGUGAUUCUGGACCCAAACACCUCCCAUGUAAACCUGACAGUGAGUGAAGAUCUGCUGGGUGUGAGAUUCUGCGGUAAGGCUCAGCUGGUUCCUGAUAACCCAGAGAGAUUUAAAGACUGUCUGUGGGUGGUUGGCUCUCAGGGCUUUGACUCAGGUUCUCACCGCUGGGAGGUUGAGGUUGGAGAGAACGCGGAUUGGGCUGUGGGUGUGACCACAGAGAACCGGAGGAAGAGAUGGGGCAUCUGGAGAGGGAACUACGUAAACGUCCAGUACGGCGCUGCUUCGUCCGAGUCACACCACACACUCCUCCAUGUCAAAGACCUUCGUAAGGUCCGAGUCAAACUGGACUGGGAUGGCGGUACCGUGUCGUUCUGCGACGCAGUAAACGAACAGCUCCUCCACACUUUCACACACACCUUCUUGGAGCAGGUCAUCCCGUAUUUUUGUGUCCAGAGCUCAGGUCCCCCUCUGCGCGUCCUGCCCACCUUCGAGAUGCGGAACAGCCAACAGCCUAUGCACUCACUAGACUACACCACUCAACAUUGUGUUGUGUAG